UUUACACGGAAGUGUUGAAUGUGAGUAUUCAGUGGCGCUGUGGUGCCUGAUUUCGGUAACAAAAAUGUUGAUUCCUCAGGCGAGACGCCGCUUGGCAAGAAUACGAUGUCUACAAGAAUGCAUUGACUCUUUUAAUACGCGGAAAUGUCUCCCUGAGAGCUUGUGCUACGUCCCAGCAGAACUUGUGUAUCAUUCACCACACAAGACAUCACUGACGCUUACAGAAGAAAGCACCAAGAAGACCCGUCAGUUCUCGUGCACACCCGAAUCUCGCUUAUACGUCAGUGGCGAGGAACUAUGCGAUUCUCAAGGUAAAUGGAUAAAAGUGAAAAAGUUUCAAGCAUCGCCUAGCUCAGAAGCUGAAGUGUUUGACAUAGAUAUGUGGCUACUGCUGUUCAGCAGUCGAAGUUCAACAGAAGACGCACCCACAGUUGUCCCAGCCCCGACCCAGGGGCCAUCUGCUGUAGACCAGGUAAAACCCCAAAUCAAUGUUUCAACAUGGCAGGAAGUGGUUGAGCAACAGUACAUGCUACAGUUACCUGUGUGCAGCAAGACGAUUACAGCAGCAGACCGUGACGCUGUGGCCAGGCUGCAGGCUCUUCCACCUGGCUGGAGUCUAGAACAUGAUGAGUCCCUCGUUAACCUCAUGUCACAACAUCUCCCCUCUGAAAAUGACCAACUUGGGAGCAUCAAAAGCUAUGUGGAGUCCAUAGAUGUAUCCUCUUACUGUGAUGAAGAUGGACCACUGAAUCUGACAGAUGGGGAUGCCGACACGUUCUGGGAAAGUGAUGGUAACCAAGGGCAGCAUUGGAUACAGUUGCGAAUGAAGAAAGGAACCGUUAUUAAAAAAUUAAGCAUCACUGUUGAUGGGUCUGAUGAUAAUUAUUUGCCAUCACGACUUGUAAUUCAAGGUGGAGAGCAAGAUAAUCUAAAGAUCUUAAAUACUGUAACCAUUGAAAAUACUGUGAGUGACCAACAGGAUGUCUCUCUGCUGGGCACCAUGACAGAACAUUAUCCCAUCGUCAUGAUCAGGAUUAAGGAAUGCAAGACCGGUGGUAUAGACACCCGAAUUCGUUCCAUCAAGCUUGUAUCAACUGAAGAACGUUCCCUUGGAUUUGACAGAGAUUUCUUUGGUAGGGAGAAUCUUGUGAGAUUUCCUCUUCUUGAAUCAUACAACCCAGACCAACUGUACAGAAGGUCCAUUUGCCUUCAGAGAUUCAUUACAAUUCUUGACAGUGUCCUUCAACACCUGGUACCAUCUUGGCAGUUCUCAAUAGGAUCGUAUAACUCACUUGAAAUAGUGAGACAGCUCCUACCCCUGUCAAAGAAGCGCCUGUCUCUCAUAGACACCUUCCUUAAGGCAUCUGCUACAGAACCACCUGAGAAGCCAGUUGUGUAUGUGAACCGAAGAGCAGCCAUGGAACACAGAUGUGAACCUCAUCUAGACCUUGAUUACAAAAACUCUGUUUUCAUGCAAUUGUACGAAGGACUCAAGCCACGAGAGCGAUCGUCUGAUCCUCUGGACUAUCGAUGGUCUGCACGCCAUGACCAGUGGUGGGAGUGUAAGUUCCUAUCAGAAGGGAUCAUUGAUCAAGGAGGUGGUUUUAGGGACAGUCUGUCUGACCUGGCAGAAGAGCUGUGUCCAACAUCCAAGGAUGGACCAGUCUCUCUGCCAUUCUUCAUCCGAGCACCAAACCAAAUCCAGGAAGAUGCUAAUGUCUCUUGUGAUGUAUACAUUCCAAACCCCCAAUGUCAGGAGUUCGAAAAGUAUGAGUGGCUUGGCCAGAUUAUGGGAGCCUGCUUCCGAGGACGUGAGAGUCUGAUCCUCUCACUCUCUGCAUUUGUUUGGAAGAAGCUGGUUGGAGAAAAUGUCACUUGGAUAAAUGACUUUCAAACUGUGGAUUCAGCGGAAGUGAAGGUCAUCAACACCAUUAAGACCAUGGAUGAAAAGACAUUCUCUGCCCUUGAGAGACAGUGGAGCCUCACUCUGAGCGAUGGCACAAGUGUCAGCCUCAAAGUUGACUCUGAUGGAAAUGCUCUGUCACUGAAAUAUGAAGAUCGAGGUGACUACUGCAGAGAAGUUCAGAAGAUCAGGAUGGCAGAAAGUGACCAACAGAUCCAGGCACUUCAGAGAGGGUUGCUGAAGACCAUUCCAAAGGCUGUCCUUGACCUUCUUCCAUGGCAGGAACUAGAAACACGGGUGUGUGGGGACCCUGACAUCACCAUCGAGGCUCUCAAGAGAGCUACCCACUAUGAUGACAUGGAGGAGACGGACAUUAGAGUCAAGUACCUCUGGGAAGCCCUAAAGAAGUUUACAAACGAGGACCGUAGUCGGUUCCUACGGUUUGUGACAGGUCGUCGUCGACUCCCUGCCCCACUGUACAUAUCGUCUGGAAAAGGGGAUGCCAUUGACUCUCUGCCGGAAUCUUCCACAUGUGCCAACAUGUUAUAUCUUCCCUACUACUCCAAUGCGAAGGUGGCUGAAGAGAAGCUACGCUAUGCUGCAUACAACUGCAUAGCAAUCGAUACGGACAUGAACCCAUGGGAAGACUGAUAGUCCCUUGUGAAUGAGUUCACAUUCAAGCAGCCUUUCAAAUUCACACAAAAGUCCACUUGCCAAGACUUGCUGACAACAAGUAAAAUUCAAUCAUGUUAGUCCUCAUGGACUUGUAGCAUUAAUUCUGAUUCAGUUCUCAAUGCUUCAAUUUUGGUGCAAAUUGGAUCUGCAUAAAAUUGACAGAAAAUGUAAACAUUUAUGUCACGUUCAAGCAGGACUAUCUACAACAAAGAAGACUAGUGAAAUAAGGUUUAAACUGGUCCUCUGGACUAGGCUUAAAAAGAUGAAUUUCUAAGGCUGUAAUUCCCUUUGAUGUCCACAAGUCCUACCAGUAUCUUCCUUGUAUAUACAUAGUGUAUAGAAAUAACAUUGUUUUGUUGGUGUAUUAUUACUUGCUCUUGGACUGGAAUGAUACACCAAAGCCAUAAUAUGAAGUAUUCAAAAUUUAGCAUGACAGUCAAGGGCCUUGUCAUCACCAAUGAAAACCCUCUUAUUAAAAGUUUAUGAUCUAGAGGUUUCUUGAUUCAGAUACUAUAGGACCUCAAGGACCCCAAAAUUCCCGUAAAUUUCAACCAUUGAAUUGGGGUACUUUGAUCUUGAUACAGUAAGUAUCUGACAAGAUAAAUUCUCUUUCUAGAGCAUUGACCAUGUUGACUGAUCAUGCUGAUCAGCAUCCAAAAUGUCAGAGAGUCCUUUUUCAGAUUUUGUAAUGAUAUUGCCAAUACAACAAAAUGCCUUUCCUUAUCCUUUACAAAAAUGUCCUAAUGCUAGUUGCCUCUGACCAAAUCACUGCUGUUUCGGAUAAAAUGUCAUAAAUUUAAAAUAAAGAGGGAUAAGAAAAGGUCUGCUUUUUCAAAUCUUCAUUGAAUUUAAAUGUUCGUGUUACUUAAGACAACAUAGAUACGUUUAUUGACUCAAUGUGAUAAGGCUAAAGUGUUGAUGAGAUGCAGAGGCAUAAACCAUCUGAUUCGGAGACGGAAACACGGUGUGGAAUUUGGCCUCUUGGUACUGAAUGAACAGUACUAUAUGGUGAGGAUAUUUUAUGAGUGUUCAUGUCAUACUGUGUUUUCAACACAAGUGGCUAUAAAUUCAGGUAUUUCCUGAGCGAUUGUGUGGGAAAUACUGGAAUUUUGGCACAAGUGUCGUAAACAUAGUACGACUUGAACACAAAUAUAAUGUGAUAUUACCGAAGAUGUGUACAUACAAAGACAAAUAUUAGUGUUUACCUAUAAGGAAGGCAAGUUGCAAUAGCAACGGAACCUCAUUUUCUCGAAUAACGUCAACAAUCUUCACACCCCCCCCCCCCCAACCAAAGAGGUAUCCUGCAGCUUAUACUUUCGUUUUUGGGAAAGCAGGUUAGAGUUAUCUGCCCUUGCUUCUAAAAUCACACAAAUUUACAAGUUAAUGGGGUGGGAAAAUUAUGUGGGCAGGGAAGAGAAACAGUAUUUUGGGGGAGCCUUAGCUGGUUUAUGCUUGUUUGAUUGUUAGCACUGACCAUUUGACAAGUUUGAGGGUUUAUGGUGACAAUGUCUUUGCUACAUUAGACAACAAGAUAUUCAUUAAUUCUUCAACAUUGCUCCAUUGUUUUGUCAUAAAUGAGGAGUAAGAGGAUAAUUUGUUCAAUAAUACAGUACUUGUAUUUAAAGGACAAGACAGUUUUAGUUCAAACAUAGAAUUAUAUGAGGUUCCGUAGCCUUUUAUCAUGCUGAAUUCCAAGACAGUGCUUUGCCAGACAUUUUUGGCAAGGAAGAUAAUUCAGUUCCUGAACAUUGUACAAUAUAUUCUUGACCAAAAGAUGCGAAAUAAGUCAAAUAUGUAAAUGGUGAGGUGGACCAAUAGCUCCUUAUUGGUAUAUCUCUUAGCACAGAUCCCCAACAGGGGAAGGCACAGUGUAUAGUGCAAUGUUUUGUCACAAUAGUAAUAAUUAUUAGUAAUUAAUACCAGUGAAAAUAUCAGGCAGGCAGGUGUUUCAGACACAGGUCAAGAAUGAUAGGCUAGUUUCUCAGACCCUAGAAAAUAAAUUAAAAAAGGAAUCCAACUCAAGUCUAGAAAUGAUUUGGUAAGUCUAGACUGCAUCAGCUCUGGGAAAUUGAGCAUUGUUCUUGACUUAAUUUUACUUUUUAUUUAGUGGAUAUUUAUUUUUGAUAUGUGAUAACUUUAUCUCUAGGACUAAGCGUUAGUCUAUGACCAGGUCACCAUUAGAAAGAAGCUACUUUCAUAACAAGUAACUAAUAUGGCUGACUGUGUGUCACCAUACCCUUGCAGCCUGUAGUGCUGACGGUGCCAUUCUACUCCUAUGAUCAUGAUGAUUCUCACAGAAAGUAUGCAAAAAUCAAGUCAUCUUUUUUCCCUGCCUUAACUCUUCCGAAGUGUUGCUGUGUCUUGUUACAGCCAGUGCCUGUCCAUUAGACAGCAGGUCAAUUUGGACCAGAUUAUACGAGAUUUUAUUCAUAGAUUUUUCAAAGAAAUACAUUAUGUUUUUGAUGCCAAUUUAGUUCCUCUUGUACUGCACCAGAUGUGUUUGUUUAUACAGUAAACUAUGUUUAUUACAAACAUGCUUAUAAUGAACUGAUGAAUAUAACAAACUGUUUUUUUGUUCCGGACAUUUGCUUUAUACUUGUCGAAAUGCUUAUAACGAACUAUGGUUAUUACGAACUAUGGUUAUUAUGAACUAAAAUUAUUAGAUGCUUUGAUUUUGUUUAUCAGUAUAUUACUGUAGUUGAUUGAUACUGCCUUGUGUCAAACUCAGCAGUGGGAGAUGAACUCUUGACCAUCUGCUGACCACUCACUGACAUGCUGACAGUUUUAUAACAAAACAGAUUCUUCUAGGGACAGACAUUGUUUGUGAAUUGCAGUGGAGUAAUUAACACACUUUCACCCUGGGUUGUCUUCUUGAUGCCGUUAUUAGCAAAAUGAUUAGUGCUGCCAGAUUGUCUUAUGUAUAAGUUACUAUAACUGUUAUUGAGGAGUGACUUCAACUGUGACGUGACUAUACAGCUAUGUGAAUAUGUGAGUUAUUUAAAAGUGAUAAAAGCAUCAUAAAGUGUCUAUUGAGCUAUGUGAAUAUAUGUUGUUAAUUUAAUUAUUAUUUCUUGAGUUUCAUGUAACUUUUAAGGAUAAAAUAGUCAAGCCUA